GCGGCGUCGGGCCGCUGCGCUCGGGCUCUCACAGUCUCGUAUCCCGCGGGCGCCCGCCGUGCUAUCGGAGGGAGAGCUCCGCCGACCGAGCCCCGGCUCUCCGCCGCCUACACUCGCUGCCACGCCGCCGGGAGCAGGAUGGCUACCGCCGCCAUGGAGGGAAGCGCCAACUCCCGAGUGGGGAUCAGUUCGCAGGAACUCCUGCAGGAGGUGAAGGCUUUCAUCAGCGGCACGGACCCGGUGCAGGGCCACAAGCUGACGGUGAAGGAGCACGCCCGCUGCGGGAUCCUCUUGCUACGCAACCUGCCGCCGGCCCGGGCCGCCGUGCUGGAGCACCUGCGCAGCGUCUUCGACGAGUCGGUGGCCGGCUACAUCCUGGCGCUGGAGCGGGAGGGCAGCCCGGCGGGGCCCCUGGCCGGCCCGGGGCUGGACGACGUGACGCAGGAGAUCCAGAGCGUGCUGUCGGAGUUCGUGCGCUCCAACCCCAGGUCCUGGGCGCCGCUGGUCUCGGGCUGGUCCAUCGACCUGAUGGGGCAGCUGAGCAGCAAGUACUCGGGGCGCCACCGGGUGCCCCACGCCAGCAGCCUGAACGAGCUGCUGCAGCUGUGGAUGUCCUGCAAGGCCACCCGGGCGCUGAUGGAGAUCUACGUGCAGUGCCUGUCGUCCAUGAUCAGCAGCUGCCCGGACGCCUGCGUGGACGCCCUCCUCGACACCUCGGUCCAGCACUCGCCCCACUUCGACUGGGUGGUGGCCCACAUCGGCUCCUCCUUCCCCAACACCAUCAUCAGCCGGGUGCUGUCCUGCGGCCUCAAGGACUUCUGCCUCCACGGCGGCCCCUCCCCGGCCGACCCCCUGCUGCUGCCGCCCCCCGCCGCCGCCGACCAGCGCGUGCCCAAGAUCGCCUCGGUGGUGGGCAUCCUGGGCCACCUGGCCACCCGGCACGCCGACAGCAUCAAGCAGGAGCUGCUGCUCAUGUUCCACGGCAGCCUGGGGCCUGGCCGGGACCCGCAGGCCCCCCACCGCGAGGCCACCGUCCCCUUCCUGCUGCAGCUGGCGGCCAUGUCGCCGGCCCUGCUGGGCGCCGUCUCGGCCGAGCUGGUGGAGUCGCUGCGGCCGCCGGUGCUGGAGCAGCUGCACCAGCGCUUCGCCGGGCUGGGCCGCGAGGAGGCCGACAACCUGCUGGGCCUGCUGGUGCACCUGGUGUGCCAGAGCGGGGCCGGUGCCCACCGCGUGCUGGGCUUCCUGCUGGAGACGGCGGCACCGGCCUCCGUCAUCACGGCGCCGGGCCUGGCCGUCCGCGACAGCGUCCGCGAGGCCUGCCAGCGCGUGGUGCAGCUCCUCCUGCUGCACCUCCAGCGGCUGGUGUACGGCCGGGCGCCGGGCUCGGAGGGCCAGCCCCGGCCCGUGCCCUUCCUGGACGGGCUGAAGGACCGGCUGCCCGAGCUGUGCCGCCGGGCGCUCAGGCCCGAGUGCAAGCGGCACCCCUGGCCCCACCAGCUGCUGGGCCUGCUGGCCGUCUACUGCGGCCCCGGCUGGGCGGCCGAGGCCCUGUGCGAGCUGCUGGCCCUGGCCUCCUGCCCGGAGGAGCUGGCCCUGGCCGCCCAGCUCAGCUCGGCCCUCUCCUCCUCGGUGCCGGGCCUGGUCCCCGCCACCGCCGGGCGCUGCGUGGCGCGCCUGCACUCCCAGGCCCCGGCCGCAGAGUGCCGUCGCCUGCUGCUCAACCUGGCCACGCUGGCGAGGGCCGAGGAGGAGGAGGAGGGGGGCGCGGAGGAGGCGGAGGGAGGAGGGGGUGCGGGCGGCCUGGCCCGGGCCCUCUCGGCCCACGCCCCGCAGCUGGGCCGCCUGCUGCUGCCCGCCCGGACGGCGGGCGCCGGCGUGGCGGAAGGGGCCGCCCGGCUGCUGGCCGCCCUACCGCUGCCGCCCUCCCCCUCCGGCCUGGGCCCGGCCCAGCUCUCGGGCCUGGUGCGGGCCGCCGCCUCCCGCUUCUUCCUGGCACUGCGCAGGGGCCGGGGCGACCAGGCGCCGGCCGGGGACCUGCUGGCCCGCCUGGCCUCCUCGUCGCCGGCCGCCCUGCGCGCCGUCCUGCGCCAGCUGGUGGCCUCGGCCCUGCACCCGGCCAACGCCGGCCUGUUCGGCGGCAAGCCCGCGGGCCCCGCCCCCGCCCCGCCUCCCCCCCAGCCCGGCCCCGGCGACUCCCUGCUGGGCGCCAACCAUGAGCUCGGGGCUGCCGUCGGCUUCGGCGGCGUCUGGGCCGUCUCCCACGCCGGGGUGAUCGGCCGCGGCCUGAAGCCGCCCGCCGGCCCGGGAGCUCUGCCCCAGGCCGAGGCCCACGCCAACGCCUACCGGCUGCUGGCCCUGGCAGUCCGCUGUGCUUGCAGCGAGACCCCGGGCCGGGUGAGCGCCGAGGCGGCCCAGGCCGUGGCCCUAGCCCUGGUCGAGGGCCUGUGCCCCGACGUGACGGCCAGCGAGCUGGCCUGGCCGCCAGAGGAGCAAGCCCGGGGCACGGUUGAGCGGGACCUGCAGAUCCGCAACCGCUUCCAGGAGAGCCCACUGCUCUUCGGAUUCCUGCGGCUGGUGGCGCUGGGGCCCCCGGCCCUCUGCCACUGCUCCGUGCUGCUGCGGGCCCUGCUGGCCACGCUGGUGGCCCACUGGGAGGCCUCCCGGCACGGCAGCGCCACCGCCUCCGCCUGGCCGCUGCACGCCUCCCGCGAGCUGCUGGACUGCAUGGCGGAGGGGCAGCUGCUGCCGCCCGAGCUGGGCUGCAUGCACGAGGUCUUCCACCUGCUGGCCCCCUUCGAGGUGCGCCUGCUGCUGCUCGGCGUCUGGGCUUACCUGCGGGCCAACGGGCCGCUGCCCCAGAAGUUCAGCUUCGACACCGAGACGGGCUGCUUCUACCGCGAGUUCCCCCGGGACAGCGACCUGGACCGGUGCCUGGGCGUGCUGCACAGCGUCCUGCACAAGAACAUCGACCGCCUGGGUCACCUCUACGGCCACUUCCAGCUCUGACCACCUUCCAGCACCCGUGUCCACUUCUCCGGCCCAUCCAUUCCCCCGUCCUCUCCUGUCCCGCAUUAAUCCACCCUCUCGGACCAUGAUAUUCUCCCCCAUCCAACGAUACUCCCCCCUUCCUGUCCCACACCAUUUCCUUCCCUCGUCCGACACCGUUUCUUUCCCCCGUCCAACACCAUUUCCUUCCCCCGUCCCACACCACUUCUUUCCGUCUUCUUCCUCCAUCCCACAACAUUCCCUCGUCCCAUCCCCCACACAUUAAUUUUCCCUGUCCCACAUCAUUCCCUUCUCCCUUCCCACGCACGUUUCCCUUCCCCUGUCCCAUGCCAGUUGGAGACCUUGUUGUCCCAGUUUGAGUGAGACAAAUCCCUGUCGUUGCCCCCCCCCAGACUCGAUCCCCUGUUGGGCCCCUAACUUCGGCCCCGUUCCGGGCAGUCAACAUGGACGACGAUGGGCCGAAUGGCCUCCUCCUCUGUCCCAAGCGUUUUGCCACCCUCUUCCCAGCAGCCAACCCCCAAUGUAUGGGCCCCUGCCGGGUGGGAUGCCCCUGUAAGGGUUUGAAUCACCGCCCCACUUGCUCCGCUGCCGGGGCCCAAUGUUAGACCCCCCCCUUGCUUUCCCUGCUCCUGCCCACGCCGCCACCUCCUGGAUUGGUCACAGGAGGUGAGGGGCGGGGUGGGUGAAAUCCUUAUUUAAUUUUCCGCCCAGCUAGGGGCAAUAUGUCGGGGGCUGGAGCGUUAUCAUGCGUGCAGAGACUAGAACCGGAUUGCCCUGCUGGGGGGGGCUAGCAUGGACAACGAUGGGCCGAGUGGCCACCAACACCACCACCAAGCCCCCAAUCCCACCAGCCAAACCCCAGUGAAAGGCAACCUGCCAAUUGGGAUCCAGUCACGGGGGAAAAGUUAUUGCCCCUGUCAGGGGUAGACCGGCCCCUGUAUCACUGUGCCAGUGGGACUCCUGCAGUCAAAUACUCUUGCGCAGCGAGAGGCCUUGUGAAUAUUGACCUCUUCUCUUUGUAAAUGGUUCUAUACGAUGUUUUGAGAAGAACUGUGGACUGAAUAAAUAUUUGUUUGUUGUUUCUGCUGGGUAUCGUCACUGAAGGAGCUCCACGUCGUCAGUGAAAUAUCAGUGUUUCAUUUAGAAAUACAGCUGAGACCAUUUGAGGCUUCAGAAAAGAUGUGUGAGUGAUGAGGUAUUCCCUUCCAGGAUCAGCGAUGUACAUCUGGUGAUCACAACCUGAAAACUCAGAUCCCAAUGUACGGUGGAUUCCGGUUAAUUGGGACACAUCGCGACCAGGACAUUUCGGCCCAAUUAAGCGGCUGCCCCAAUCAUCUGGUUUCAUGGAAAUAGUUAAAACUGAGUAGCAAAUUAUGUAUUUAAAUU